AUCUUCACCAUCACCAACAAAUUCAUAGCAACACUUGCAGAGUGAAGCCCCUUCCUUCCUCCACGGGCCAUAAUCGAAGCUAGAAAAUGGCGAGUGUCACAACUACAUGGAGCAUGUCGUCUCUAAAAUCGUCACUUCCUUCGAUUUCCAGAUCGAAUUCUUCAAUUCGCUGUUCAUUCCGACCCCCAAAUGCCACUCGGUUUAGACCUAAUUCGAAGCCUGUUUUUGGAUCUUUUCUUGGUCUCUCCCCUCUUAACCCUCUUCUGAAUCUCACUUCAGGAAAUAAUGGUAAUGAGCAUAAUUUCACCACUAUUGACAACGGUGGCCGUGUCUCUGCCAUGAGACACGGAAGGCGAGUGCCGAAGCUUAACCGCCCUCCUGACCAGCGCAAAGCACUCCUCCGUGGCCUAACGACUCAACUCUUGAAGCACGGUCGGAUCAAAACCACCCGAGCAAGGGCUAGUGCCGUGAGAAAGUAUGUAGACAAAAUGAUCACCCUGGCUAAAGAAGGUUCGCUUCAUAAAAGGCGACAAGCCCUCGGGUUCAUCUACGAAAAGCAAAUCGUCCAUGCGUUGUUUGCGGAGGUCCCUGAAAGGUACGGUGAAAGGAAUGGAGGGUAUACUAGAAUUAUAAGAACUUUACCUAGGAGAGGGGAUAAUGCACCUAUGGCGUAUAUUGAGCUCGUUUAGUUUAAUUUCUAUUGUCGGUCUUAUUUCUGUAAUGUUUAUUGUUUACGCUCCUUUUUGACCUUUUUAUUGGUGUAUAAUACGAUUUUGAAUGUGUUCUUAUGGCGGUCCGUUAACGAUGUUGUUGACUA